GCACGCACCCUCGCCAUGGCCUCCGUCUCGGAGCUCACCUGCAUCUACUCGGCCCUCAUCCUGCACGACGAUGAGGUGACGGUCACGGAGGAUAAGAUCAAUGCCCUCAUUAAAGCAGCGGGUGUGAAUGUUGAGCCUUUCUGGCCGGGUUUGUUUGCAAAGGCCCUGGCCAACGUGAACAUUGGGAGCCUCAUCUGCAAUGUAGGAGCUGGUGGACCUGUGCCAGCAGCUGGCGCUGCGCCAGCAGGAGGUCCUGCUCCUUCCACCGCUGCUGCCCCAGCUGAGGAGAAAAAAGUGGAAGCCAAGAAAGAAGAAUCUGAGGAGUCUGAUGAUGACAUGGGCUUUGGUCUCUUUGACUAAACUUUUAUAAGCUGCUCAAUAAAAGGCUGAACUCCUAAAAAAAAAAAAAAAAAAAACAA